CCUGCCGUCACUCCCUCGUUCGAAAGACUCUCGGCUCCACCCCCUCGCGGAACACGGGGGUCAAGGGUCGGUCCGGUUCAUCCCGUCCCCCCUUCGAUGAUCUCUCCACUCUCGCUUUGCCUUGCCGAUUAAAUUAGUUUGCAGUGUUAUUUUUUUUUUUUUUUUUUUUCAAUCCGUGGGUGGAGGUGAUCAGGAUUGGAAAAGAAGGGUGAGAAAAAGAUAGGAUGUGAUGUUGUGAUGCGGCGGAAUCGACACUCACGUUUCGUUUCGGCGAUUUGCCUGCUCCUGGUGUUACAUGAAAGUCGGGGGAUAGCACUACGAGGAACUCCAUGCAGUUGCAGUGUGAAUCACUUCGCCUGCACUACCCCACAGUACGGCAACUGUACAUGCAUUCCUGUCAGAUGGCGCUGCGACUCAGAUGAUGACUGUGGAGAUGGCAGUGACGAGAUUGACUGUGAUGCUGCAUUAUGCUCUAGAGCUAUGUUCAUGUGUAACAGCGGCAAGUGCAUUAUCACGUCUUGGUGGUGUGACGGGGAAAAUGACUGUGGAGAUUACUCAGAUGAAUCUGAUUGCAGUGCAAGGAACUGCUCCAAGAAGGAAUUCCCUUGUGCCAACGGAAGAUGCAUCCCAACUGAUUGGCGUUGCGACGGAACCAAUCAGUGCGGAGAUAACAGCGAUGAAGAUUGCACCGCUCAGUCCUGCGCUACGAAUGAGUUUCGUUGCAAUGAUGGUGGGUGUAUCAUCGUAGACUGGAUGUGUGAUGGAAGCGUAGAUUGCCAGGACGGAUCAGAUGAAGAUGGAUGCAGUAAAUAUUUCUGUGUUUCAACUGGAAGUUCUUAUUUUCAAGUUGAAUCUUUACGUGAAAAUGGCGAAAAUAUUGGUCAAACAUGUCCUCCAAGUCAGUUCCGAUGUGCGAACAGCCGCUGUAUCUCGGAAUCAUAUGUCUGUGAUGGAGACAACGACUGUGGAGACUGGUCCGACGAAAGCAAAUGUCCUGGUGAGGCCACUUGUCGGGACGGAGAAUUUCGUUGUGACGACGGAUUAUGCAUCAACUCCGAUUGGAAAUGUGACGGCGAAAAUGACUGUGAUGACAUGUCUGAUGAAAAAAACUGCCAAAUGCCUGAAUGCAGUGAUGAGGAGUUCCAGUGCAGAGCGGGAAGAUGUAUCAAGCGGCAGUGGCAGUGUGACGGCGAGUUUGAUUGCGCAGACAACAGUGAUGAAGACGGGUGCGCGGCCGACGAAUGUGCAGCAGGUCAGUUCCGCUGCAGCGAUGGGUCGUGCAUCAGUCAGCUUCACGUCUGCAAUGGAGAAUAUGAGUGCCCUGACGGUUCUGACGAACUGGAGAAUAGAACUUGCAAAACCGGUUCUCCAUGUCGGGAAGAUGGCUUUCCAUGCCAGCACUUAUGUCUCUCAACAUCAACUGGUCCACGCUGCGCUUGCAAGCACGGAUACCACCUAGCUCUGGACAGGAGAUCCUGCAUGGAUAUUGAUGAAUGUCAGGUAGAAGGAACGUGCAGUCAAUUUUGUCAGAACACAGUACCAGGUUACAAAUGCUCUUGCGUAGAAGGUUAUCGACUUGGAACGGACCAAAGGAAAUGCAAAGCAACAGGACCUGAUCCAUAUCUGAUAUACGCCAACCGUGCGGAUAUCCGCAUCGUGUCUUUGAAUGCCCCUGAUCCCCCAUCCAAACUCCUCAGCGGCCUUCAGAAUGCCAUAGCGGUGGAUUUCCAUUACGAGACUGGACGCAUUUUCUGGUCGGAUAUUACGACGGAUGUAAUCCGCUCCGCGUACUUCAAUGGUACAGGCGUCUCUGAUGUAGUUACAUACGGUCUCACUAGCCCAGCGGGACUGGCUGUUCACUGGCCUUUGGAAAAAAUACUAUGGACAGACUCCGGAACUUCCAGAAUAGAAGUUGCCGGAUUUGAUGGAUCGAUGAGACGUGCUCUGAUAUGGAAGAAUCUGGAGAAGCCAAGAGCUAUCGUCGUGAAUCCUGAAGAAGGGACUUUAUACUGGACUGAUUGGGGCAGUCAUCCUAGAAUCGAAAAGGCCAUGUUGGACGGCAGCGAGAGGAGAGCCAUAGUGGACACGUCUCUAUUUUGGCCAAAUGGACUCACCAUUGAUUAUCCAGCUCAAAAGCUAUACUGGGCGGACGCCAAGCAUCACGUGAUCGAGACGUCAGCCCUCGAUGGCAGUGGUCGCAGACGGGUUAUUGAGAGAGAUUUGCCUCAUCCUUUUGCUAUUACCGUCUUUGAGGAUCAUUUGUUCUGGACCGACUGGCAAACGAAAAGCAUACAUAGUGCUAAUAAGUUCACGGGCAGGAAUGCAACUACUCUCCACACUAAACUCCAUUUCCCAAUGGAUCUCAUCGUCGUCCAUCCCUUACGCCAACCUUAUAUUCGUGAUUCCUGUGCCGAAGACAAUGGAGGAUGCAGCCACCUUUGUAUGCCUAAUAAUGUAUCAUAUACAUGCUUGUGCACAGUCGAUGCGCCUGUCCAAAUAGAUGAGAAAACAUGUUCAAAAGAAUGGUCUACAUUCCUCAUUUUCACUCGCCGCAGUGAUGUUCGAUGGCUGUGCCUCGACUGUGAAGACGACGCUGAUGUCGUUUUCCCCUUCCGCAACAUCAGCAGCGCCGCGGCAUUGGAUUUCGACGCGGAGACGGAUACCAUCUACUGGUCCGACAUCACAAAUGACACUAUUUCCAGAUCCACAAUUAACGGCUCCCAGCAACAGGUUGUAAUAGAAAACACAUUAGAAAGUCCAGAUGGAUUGGCCAUUGAUUGGGUAACAAGGAAACUGUAUUGGACAGAUUCAGGUACUCAUAGAAUAGAAGUUUCUAACUUCGAUGGAGCAAUGCGGACAAUUCUAGUUUGGGAAGCUCUCGAGAAGCCAAGAGAUAUAAUAGUGGAUCCAGUCACUGGAUUUAUGUAUUGGACGGAUUGGGGACAAUAUCCGAAAAUCGAGCGUUCCGGGAUGGACGGAUCACAGCGGACAACGGUCAUCGACCGUAACAUCACGUGGCCGAAUUGUCUUGCUAUCGACCAAGAGAGAAAAAAACUGUAUUGGACUGAUGCGGGGACCAGGACAAUUGAGAUGAGUGACUACGAUGGAAAGAAUAGGCAG